UACCGCAACACUUAAUUACCGAUAUUAGACAACAACCAAUUUUCGAUUUUUACCAUUUAAUUAAAGGACACAUAAAUAAAACAAAAAUGGCAGGCCGUGGACGAGCGCGGCAAUUGUUGGCCGCGAUGGCCAAAGAGGAUGAGGAAAAGGGAUCAGUAGCCGCACCGUCAGCAACGGCAGCCCCGUCGACACCGACAGCGCCUAUUCCCGUACUGCCGGCCGGUGUUGGACGCGGUCGAGGUCGUGCCCUAUUGCAACAAUUGCCGACAACAACCAUAGCGGCAGGCGAUACGCCAGACUCGCCGCCGCGCGAGGGUUCGAGUUCUUCGUCGGAUCAACCGUCGACGUCCGGAGCUGUCGGAUCGCCGCCGACCGAGGAAAUUGAAGGAUUAACACUGGAUGCCGAGCGUAGAGCCCGUUUUCCGCCACAGCCGGCCAACAUUGAAAACAAACAGCGCGGUACCGAUGGCCAGACAAUCAAAUUGUCGCUAAAUUACAUUAAGCUAACCCGAACCGAAGGUUUCGGUAUAUUUAUGUACGACAUUAAAUUCAUACCGCAUAUCGAUGCCCGUGCCUUGAGAUCGAAAAUUUUACGCCAACCCGAAGUGGUUGACAAGAUUGGCACUGUUUGGCAAUUUUCGGGUCUAAGUAUUUAUCUGAAUCAUAAAGUCGAGGAUCAGAUGAUCGAUACCCAACAUCCGGGAGACGGAUCGCCAAUGAAAUUGCAAUUGACAUUCACAAAGAUGCCACCGUUUCAAGAGUUAAUCAUGUUUUACAAUACAACAAUCAGAAAGAUUAUGCGCGAACUCAAACUGGUCCAAAUCCAGCGCCACUAUUACGAUCCGACCAACAAGAUUGACAUACCUCAGCAUAAGCUGGAGGUCUGGCCCGGCUAUUGUCAAUCGGUACAGGAUCUGGACGGCGGUCUACUACUACAGUGCGAUUCCUCACAUCGGCUGUUGCGUACACAGACAGCCAAAGAGAUAAUGCAAGAACUGUUCCGAUUGGGCAAAGAUCGGUUCCGCGAUAACGUACUGAAACGUGUUGUUGGCUGCGUAGUACUAACCCGUUAUAACAACAAACCCUAUCGGGUCGAUGAUGUCGACUUUGUUAAUAAUCCAUUGUCGACGUUCAGCUGGAACGGCCAAGAGGUUACCUAUGUUGAGUACUUUCAGAAGUCGUGGCAAAUCGAAAUCAAAGAUCACAGACAACCACUGCUCGUUCAUCGACCAAAACCAAGAAAAGGAGAGACCAAAGUUCAGGGAUUAGAAAUGAUUUGUCUAAUACCGGAACUGUGUUUUAUGACCGGAUUAACUGAUGACAUCAGAUCUGAUACGAGAGCCAUGAAAGACAUUGCUUCGCACACUCGUAUUAAGCCGGAGACUCGUCAGGCAAAGCUCAAGCAAUACAUACAGAAUGUAUUGACCACACCGAAUGCGCGCAGACAUCUGACCGACUGGGGUUUGGAUAUGGAUCCCGAACCAUUCCAGACGACUGGCCGUACUAUUGCACCCGAAACGAUUGUCUACGGCCGGGAUGUCAAAGUAACUGUCAGCCAAAAGGCCGAUUGGGGUCGCGAGUCGACACAGAAUGCCAUUUUCAGACCAGUAGAUAUCAAGAAGUGGAUGAUUGUGUCCACACAUCGCGACUCGUCCAAAGUGGACGAGUUUAUUAAGACACUGAAAAUGGUUACUCGUAAUAUGGGUUUCAUGUUUGGCGAUCCGGAACGGGUACAGGCCCACGACGAUUCGCCACUCGGCUACGUCAAUGCCAUCAAAAAUGCCAAUGUUGGCCAAAAUCAAAUAGUUGUCUGUAUGACACCGGGAUCGUCUCAGCGCGAAGAUCGAUACGGUGCCAUCAAAAAGCUAUGCUAUUGCGAAAUAGGUGUUCCCAAUCAGGUUAUACGUGCCUAUACACUGUCGGAUACGAAAAUGCGUUCCGUUUGCCAGAAGGUUGCCAUUCAAAUGUCAUGUAAAGUUGGCGGAUCUCCCUGGGCUGUAACUAUGCCACUCAAGUCAGUAAUGGUUGUCGGUAUCGAUGUCUAUCACGAUCCGGCCCAGAAGGGCAAAUCGGUUGUCGGUAUUGUCUCGUCAUGUAAUCCAUCAGUCAGUCAAUGGUAUUCGCGUGUCUACUAUCAGAAUACACACCAGGAAAUAGUCAAUACAUUGGAAUCGGGAAUCAUUGCCUGUGUUCGCAAAUAUUCCGAAGUGAAUAACGUUUUGCCGCAAAAGAUUGUCAUCUACAGAGACGGUGUUUCCGAUGGUCAGUUGCAAACUGUUAGCGAUUACGAAUUGGUCCAAAUACAGAAUGCAUUGCUCGACUACGGCAAGUCGUACAACAACUACGACCCGUCGGUUUCGAUGAUUGUCGUCCAGAAGCGUGUGAAUGCCAAACUGUUUUUGAUACAGGCCGGUGCCAGCGAGUUGGGUAAUCCGCCGCCCGGUUCGGUCAUCGAUCAUAGUAUUACACGCCGAAACUAUUAUGACUUUUAUCUCAUCAAUCAACACGUAACCCAGGGAUCGGCUACACCGACCCGCUAUAUCGUUAUCUACGACGGCAUCAAUUUCCCGCCCGAUCGUAUGCAACGUUUCUCAUUUAAGAUGACUCAUCUCUACUACAAUUGGUUCGGUACUAUUCAAGUGCCCGCACCCUGUAUGUACGCUCAUAAAGCCGCUUAUAUGGUCGGCCAGGUUAUCAAGAAGCCGCCGACGGAGAACUUGACCUCACAAUUGUAUUUCCUCUAAGAAAAUUAGAGGAAAAGUCGGGUAUCAUUUCGAUAGUGGAGGAACUGGCUAUCACUGCCAUAUCAUAUAUGUCAUUAUCAAUCGGACAUUUUUUUUUUUAAUUAUACAAACAUUUUUCAUAAUUAUUAUUAUUAUUUUUGUAUUUUCAGUGUCAACAA